AUGUCGAAUACAAAUACUGCUUGUCGUCGUAUUUGUUGUUGUCGAAAGUCAAAACUGCGUCCUACUGCAACAACAAUAAUCAACAAUGAAUCUUCAUCAUCACCAAAAGAUAAGAAAAUGUCGAAUAAUCAGUCAAUAAACGAAAUCAUGUCAACAUCAAAUUUUAACGAUGAAAUUCAAAGCGAUAUUGAUUUAGAUCGUUUAACAAAGCAAUGUCUCGAAACAAUAAAUGAAUAUCGUUUUCAACUAGGAUUUUCAUCACUUAAACUUUCUUCGGAGCUUACUAAUCGAGCACUUGAUCGAGCGACACAAUUAUCAGUUCAAAAUUAUAUAGAAAACACCACUCAAUUUGAUCUUGUUCAUAAUAAUGAACCUAUCGGCGAAACAGUCAUGUCUUGUCAAGCACCGGCCAAUGAUGGUUCAGAUAUUGCUAGAUUAAUUCAUGAUGAACUUAUUGAUGAUUUUGAAAAUGAUACGUUACACACCAAUAUUAAAUCCCGAUUGUAA